AGUGCGACUGGAAACUUGGGCCGGCCAGCAAGAACCUUCACCGAGGCUGCUCUUUCAACAGGCCAUUUGUUCGCCUGUCUGGGGCUCAUUGCCAUGCAAAGGGGCUGACAUCAGAGCACCUUUUGUUGCUAAAAGCUUUUUCUGGAAAGAGACAGAGAGAGCAGUCAUGUGGAUCUGGGAGAGCCCACUUUGGAGGAAAAGUGGGGAGGCAGAGAAUUAGAGAGAUGCCUACAAGUUGAAAACCAAGCCAGGGCGCCUGGUUUGCGGAGGGGGAGCCUAAACGAGAGGCUGCGUUUUGUGGCAGAUGUUUUUCUGCCUGUCGGAAAGGAUUCCUCCCUCCCCGACGAUGCGAUCACGCCUCAACUAACCAACCCUUCGCGAGGGAGAUGUGGUUACGACCAGCCUCGUUUUGCCACCCUGUUGCUCACCGCUCCAAGCAGGCAAAGUUUGUGCGGAGCGAGCAUGGCUGUUCCUGGAUGUGCCGAGAGUUGAGCUUGGGAGGACCGCCAGAAGGGGAACUCGUCGUCUCUUUUGCUGCUGCCGUCUGGAGCUGUCGCGCUGCAGGGGAGGCAGCGGUGGCGGCAUGGUGGAGUAGCUGAGCGCGGGGUCUGGCUUGCGAGCGGAGGUUGAGCUGCUGGCGAGGCGUGAGGGCUUGAGGCAAGGUCUCCUUUCGCCAGUCUCGGUCCUGUGGGGAGCCCGUGGUGCCUUGAGUUUUGCUUCUUGAGGUGGCUAUGGAGGAGGAACAAGCCGCGGGCGUGGAGCCUCAGGCGGACAACAACAUGCCCGAGAGUUUUUCCAGGCUCUGGACGGAUGUCAUGGGGAUACUGGAUGGGUCAUUGGGUAACAUUGAUGACCUGGCUCAGCAAUACGCAGAUUAUUAUAAUACCUGCUUUACUGAUGUGUGUGAAAGGAUGGAAGAGCUUCGUAAACGGAGGGUUUCCCAAGAUCUUGAUGUGGAGAAACCCGAUGCCAGCUCCACAUCCCUACAGCUGCGAUCCCAGAUUGAAGAAUCCCUUGGCUUCAGCAGUGUGGGAUCAACACCAGAAACAGAAAGAAAGUUCUCCCUUCAUAAAUCAAGUUCUGAAGAAAGCGCUGUAGGUAAAGCAGAUUGGAAGAAGAAGAAUAGGUAUUUUUGGCAAAACUUCCGAAGAAAUCAGAAGGGACUAAUGAGGCAGUCUUCGAAAGGGGAGGAUGUUGGUUAUGUGGCAAGUGAGAUCACAAUGAGUGACGAGGAGCGGAUCCAGCUAAUGAUGAUGGUGAAGGAGAAGAUGAUCACUAUUGAGGAAGCACUUGCAAGACUUAAGGAAUAUGAGGCCCAGCACCGGCAGUCAGGUAACAUGGACUCUUCCGAAUGGCCUGAUACUCCUUACCCAACUUUUGAUGGCUCCUCUAAUUGUAAUUCAAGAGAGCAGUCAGAUGAUGAAUCAGAAGAAUCGGUGAAGUUUAAGAGACUGCAUAAGCUUGUCAACUCAACUCGCAGAGUGAGGAAGAAAUUGAUUAGAGUGGAAGAAAUUAAAAAACCCAGCAGUGAAGGUGUGGAUGAGCAUUUCCUUGACAGUUCUCCAGCACCAGAUGAUAGAUCGGCACUUUAUUCUGGAGUUCACAAGAAGCAACUUUACUUGGAUGGCUCUUCUGAGAAACAGCCAGAUGAAGACUCUGACUCACUCACCACAUCUCCUUCAUCCAGCAGCCUAGACACUUGGGGUACUAACAGGAAAUUGCUCAAGACCUUCAGUAAAUCUGAAAGCCGUGGCCUUAUUAAACCCCCAAAGAAACUCGGAACGUUCUUCUCCUACCCAGAAGAGGAGAAGAUCCCAAAGGUUUGUCGCUCCUUGACAGAUGGAGAGAUGAAGAAGAACCUUGGCUCUCUGAGCCACGGGGUAAGUAAGGAAAGUGUUUGCUUUUAUGACAACAGGCGCAAGCACCAUGUCCUGGUAUCCUUGGAGGAAAUCCAGAGUGUCAGGAAGCAGAUCCGACUGAAAAAGACAGAUUCUAACUACUCAUGUUCUAGAGCUUUUAUUUGCCAGCGUCCUGCUAAGAAAGGCAUAUCUCCUUCAGUCUGUGACCUGCAGCUCCUUCGUCACAAAGCCAAGGGGGCAGGAGGAGGCGGCAGCUGUGGCUUCCCAAACAGAAGGCUUCGAGGGCGCAAUUCUGUCAGCGAGUUCAACAUCACAUAUGUGGUAGAGAGAAGCCUGUACAGUCACCUCAACCUGUCACAUCUGGUGCGGCCUGUUACUGACAGGACCCUGAGCAAAGCUGAAGAGCAGGAUUUGAGGCGGUGCCUGCUGGAAGAAGAGGAUGAGGCAAAGAGAAAGUGGGCUGCCACAAUGGACCGCUGUACUAAAAGGGUUCUUUUGAGAAUCCACCAAAAGUCUAGGACCUGCAGCUUUGGUGGCUUUGACUUGACAAAUCGCUCAUUGCACAUUGGAAACAAUUUGGAUCAGAUGGGCAAAGAUGGUGAUUUUGUUUACAAAGAAGUGAUCAAAUCCCCAUCUACUUCCCGCAUGUCCCUUGGUAAAAAGGUGAAAUCUGUUAAAGAAACCAUGAAGAAAAAGAUGUCUAAAAAGUGCAGCAGCUCCUUGUCAGAGCAGGACUGCAGCCUGGAAGUAAUGACAGAAUCUCCUCAGUCACUACCGCCAGAUACUGAUUCUUUGGAUAAGCCCAAACUGAAAGCUGGUGGUUCAGUGGAAAGUUUGAGGAGCUCUCUAAGUGGUCAGAGCUCAAUGAGUGGACAAACAGUAAGCACAACAGACUCCUCAGCUAGCAACCGAGAGAGUGUCAAGUCUGAAGAUGGUGAUGAUGAAGAACUUCCAUACAGAGGACCAUUUUGUGGCCGGGCCAGGGUUCACACUGAUUUUACCCCAAGCCCUUAUGAUACCGAUUCCCUGAAACUCAAGAAGGGAGAUAUCAUUGAUAUAAUUAGCAAACCACCUAUGGGUACCUGGAUGGGCCUCCUGAACAACAAAGUGGGUACUUUCAAGUUCAUCUAUGUGGAUGUGUUGCAUGAAGAGGAAGAGAAGCCAAAAAGGCCCACAAGGCGGCGACGGAAGGGAAGACCACCUCAGCCCAAAUCUGUUGAGGAUCUCCUUGAUCGCAUCAACUUAAAGGAACACAUGCCCACCUUUUUGUUCAAUGGCUAUGAAGACUUGGACACAUUCAAGCUCCUAGAGGAAGAAGACUUGGAUGAGCUUAACAUUCGGGACCCAGAGCAUAGAGCUGUUCUCUUGACAGCAGUGGAACUGCUACAGGACUAUGACAGUAACAGCGACCAGUCAGGUUCUCAGGAGAAACUGCUCAUAGUUGGUCAAGGCCUAAGUGGCUGUUCUCCCCGGGAUUCAGGCUGCUAUGAAAGCAGUGAAAACCUGGAAAAUGCUAAGACUCGAAAGCCUUGUCUCCUUCCCUCAAAAUUAGCCAUUGAAUACAAUUUUAAAGAUUUCAAUAGAAAUCCACUGAUGAAUUAUCCAACCCUGCCCUUAACUAAGUCAAUAGAUGUCCCCAAGAAAAGAGACGAGACACAAUUCAUUUGUACAAGUCAUGUUCUGAAAAGUUGCCUCAAGCCCCCAGUAGUCGUGGGCCUUAAGAAAAACCGCAGAAGUUUACCAGUUGGUAUCUGCCGGAGCUGUGAGACUCUAGAAGGUGCCCAGAGUGUGCACAUGUGGCCAAGAUCUCAUUCUCUUGGUGACCUUCAUGGGGAAGCUGGCCCUGACUCUGUAAAGAAGCUGGAUGUUUUCCCUCAGGGUACACUGGAUGUAACAAAAAUGUCAACUGGCUCUGGAGGUCUGCACAUGACAGAACGGUUGAUGGCUCAGCAGAGCAAAGAGGAUGUUGAUUGUCUCAAGGGGAAAGCACAGGAAUUGCACUUCCCUGCAACCAUCCCUUGCAGGGAAACACUUCCUCUGUUUCUGCCUCAGAACUGUGAAGUUCGUUUAUCUUCACUUUCACAUGGUAUAACUUGGACUACUUUUGAAAACUAUAAAAAAAGCAGUCAUGAUCUUGGAAGGGCAGAUUAUGCUCCAGUUCCCAAGGAAGUAUCAGAAGUUGAUCCGAAGAGUGAAGCAACAACACAAUCAAAAGCAUCUUCACAGCCACCCCCAGUCCCUGCCAAAAAAAGCAGAGAACGCCUUUCUAAUGGACACUGUCAUCUCCCCUCAGCCCUUUCUUGUCCAGAUGUGCCAUCCUUGCCAGCAAAAAAGAGUGUCCAGUCUGGCCCCUCAGAUCCCCAUGUAUUGAUUGUGCAUAGAUCAUCUCCUGAACAGGAGCUCAGUAGCCCUUCAAGCAUACGGCCUCCUUGGUUUUCCGACCUACCAGAGACUGCUAGUGUCCAGCAACAUAUGCUAAAACUAGGUCCUUCAUCAGUGAGAAAAAUCUCUUCUAAUAGAGGGCUGGAUCUGGAAAUGUUGAUAGAAAACAAGCUACAAUCUGAAGAUAUUGAUCUCACAGAAGACCCAUAUUCUGACAAGCAUGGCCGCUGUGGGAUUCCUGAACCUUUAGUGCAAAGAUAUUCUGAAGACUUAGAGCAGCCUGAAAAGGAUGUUGCUGCAAACCUGGACCAGAUCCGGGUGAAGCAGCUGAGGAAGCAGCAUCGUAUGGCGAUUCCAAGUGGAGGCCUCACAGAGAUCUGUCGAAAACCUGUGUCCUCCGGCCAUAUAACCUCCAUAACCAACUGGCUGGUUUCUAUUGGCCUUCCAAUGUACUCAAGCUCCCUCACGGCUGCAGGAGUCAGUGACCUAAACCAAGUGCCUUCUCUGUCACAAGCAUCACUUCACAAGGCCGGCAUCACAGAGGAAAGGCACAUAAGCAAGCUUUUGGCAGCAGCAAGACUACUCAGUACCCUAAAUCCAGAUGCAGUUUAACAUGCUCUGAAAUGCAGCCCCUGCCUGUUGGAGAAGCCACUGUUUCCUUUGGUGUCAAUUACAUAUUUCAUAUCUCCAGAAAACUAAUUGUGAUCAGGCAAUAGAGUUUUUCUGUCCAUGAGUCAUAAAGAAUAAGAACCUAUAUUGAGAGGGAAGUGAUACUUUCUGAUUUACCUUAAGGAAAAGGCACAAGCAAUUAUGUUAGUUCCUUAAAGACUCCUGAGGCUGCCUUGGGACCCACUGAGAAUACCUGUGUCCAUUACAAAAAAGGGAUCUUUCUAUGCGCUAGAAGAUAGUUUUUAAAAAGCAAACUCUACAUCAAUUUUAAAGCCCAGCAACUUGGAGGAGAUAGCAGACAGUAGGGUUAGGCCUCAGCACUUUUGGUCUGCUAAUUUGAUAAGUUUGUCGACCAAUCAUGGUCUACAUUUUAAGCAAACAUACACAUAUAAACCAUCUCAUGAGGGCAUUUUUACAAGUAACUAGAUUAAGGAUUAAAUCUCUUAAUGGAGGCUUUCUGUCCAUCUUUUUCAUUCUAGCAAUCAGUUUGACAUAAAGAAAUAAAACUUACCUUCCCAUUGAUAGCGUUUGGUGUAGUUUUUCAGACUGCUGAACCUCUAGGUAGGCCAAAGUUCCACAAUCAAUUUAGUUUAUUGCUGAUCUCAUUUUUUGUCAGUGCAGUUUCUCAGACAGAUUCAGAAAUUUCCUUAUUUGUAUAGAAUUAAAGUUGUUUUUAUAACUGCUUUUUAGCACUGUUUUUUAUUUGCCUUAAAAUGCUCUUGAGCAGUUCCCUUGCCAGCAUUCAUAUUUCCCCAGACAUUUCAUUGAUGCCACUAUUAUAUGGCACCUGACAGUUUUUUGUCUUAAAGCAGUUUCUGUAGAUUAUUUCAUUGCAACAUCUGUUUUGUAAAGUUGCUGUUUUUGAAACCAGAUUUCAGUUCUCAGGCUAACAACUCGUUUAUGACCGUUCAUAUGCUGGUAUUACUAAAAGGUAUGUAUAUAUAUAAUUAUAUAUAAUUAUAAAAAAAACAUUUUUCAUGUUAAUCACAAUUUGGUGUACUGCAUUAUAUUGUCAAUUGAAAUGUUGCAGCUUUGACUUGGUAUCCUGACCGUAUGUUUCUGAAAAAGAAAAGGUUACCCAGGAAAGUAUAUUAAAGUACCAGAACAAGAAUUAUAUUCCAUUUUAUUAACGGGAAAAGCGAAGUUCAAGCUGUCAUUCUUGCAAAAAUCAAUAUAAUACCUCAAUUAUUAGUUGUUAAAAUGAUUGCAUUUGAAGAAAAGCCAUCUGGUUGGACACUGUGAGAAGGGGAUGCUGAAUGCGAUGGGCCUUUCGUCUGAUCCAGCAGGGCUCUACUUAUGCUCACCUGAGGGCUGAAGCAGCCCUGCUCUUUCUCUCUAGCUCCAUGUUCUUGUUUUCCAAACAUAUUAAACAAUACAGUGUAGAAUUUCCUCGUCCCUUUUGUGAAUACAGAUGAAGUUUAUUUUUGUACAUGACCAGACAUUUUGUAUACCAAAUAAUCUCAGAUUGAGUCCCAGUAUAUCUAGACUAUUCUGUAGCGUUCAUUAACAAGCUAAGAGUAUAGAGGCUUUUCAGGACAGACAAGCAAGCUAGAUGCUGUCAUCAACUCAGCAUGAGACUGGGCGCUCGGGUCUGGUUUGAAGCUGCUAUGUAAUUUUAAGCAAGUCUCAUCACCUCUCAAACUCUUGUUGCUCUGCCUACGAGAAGAAAAUAGAUUAUACAACUUCUUAAAGUGCAUUCAACUUAAAAUUGUGGCACAAAGCAAUUAUACUGCCUUCCCCAAAAAGUGGUUUUGCCCUAUCUUCAGAUGUUGUGCUUUUUUUUAGCAUUGUCUUCGCAGUAAUUUAUUAUGAAAAGCAAAGAUGUAUAAUAUAAUCUAUCCUAAAGUGUCCAAAGCUGGUCUGGAUUUUUUUUCCUUUGGAAAGACAAAGAGAAGAGAGGUGCUAUAAUAGGAUGGCUGUGAAGAAUGUAAAAAAGAGUUGAAUAUGUUGAGGGGGCAGGGGAAGGUUAAUAAGUAAAACCCUUUAAAAAUGAACAAAAGUUCCCUCAAAAGCAGUUAAGGUUUUAAUCCUAAAUAAACUUGGUUGAAAGUGCAUUCCAUUAAAAUAAAGGGAAUAAGCUUCCAAGAUAAAUGUCAGUGUUCAAGUGCCACCAAAAUUUCAUUUUCUGAAAAUAUUUUCACUCUGACCCUAAUGACAUGGUUUCAAAGAUAUAUCAAUGUGGGCUGACUUUCACAUGAUAAGACACAAAGUUAAGCUAUUUGAAACUCAUUGACCACUGAUGAUAAAGGGGACUUCAGAGGGCUUAUUUUAGCUGAAUCAUGUCCAGUCUCUUUAAGCUUAGUAUGCUGGGCUAUGUAGUAAUGAUGCAAUCGAGCUUCCUCCAAGCAAUUUAAUAUAGAUGAUAUACUUAAAGAGUCCUUGGAAAUGCUUCCCAUAGCCAUAAGUAGACAGUGAAACAGUUUUCAGCUCCAUUUUCCAUUUAAGCAGAUUUCUUGACUAAACCUGUGGAUAUUAACAUAACCAUUAUGCACUUAGGAUCAAUAGGAUUACUUUUGUAAUAGGGGCUAAUGUGUGAAUAUGGCCCUUUCUGGUGGUAUAGUUAUAAACAAGGGCAAAUCUGAUUGCAUGGAGUCAGUGAAGAUGGAUUUCUAAAAAAAAGGAUUUAACCUUUUCUUUCAUUGCCUCCAUUAUUGCCCCAAAGUUAUACUAUCUCUAGAAGAGUGCCUUGUACCUGGAACUAUCUAUAUGUUGCAAGUAGCUGUGCACUUAAGCACUUACCAAAUUAAGGCAUUUCCCACAUUACAUGUCACUGCCACAUACAAGAUCCAUGCGGACAAUGUUAAAAGUAGAAACAUUCCUUGAUGGGCACGUCUUUUUCCAUGUGCCUCUCUCCAAAAUUACAAUAUACGCAUUAACAAUUCUCAUGAGAUUUUUUUUAGGCAAGGGUGUGCUUCACAAUAAUGUUUCCACACAAUAAAGACAUAACAUGGCAUGUGGCCUUAUGGCUUUAGACUAUCAAGUGCUUUAGCAACUUUCCAAAAUGUAUUUGCUUCCACCCAGUUCCGCCCAAUCUGUUCAGUGUAUUCUGAUGUGUAUACAGUGUUACCACUGAAUUCCAUUUAUUAAAGAAUUGAAGAAAGUAGGUCAUCACAGACAUUCUGCUCCAUUUACAAAUUUCUUACUAGAACUGAAGAUAAUGGAUCAAUGCACAUGCAGAAAGUACACUGCAGCACAUGUGGUGCACUACAGCUGAGUCAAAUGGCUGCAAAUCUACGCAGUAUAGCCAACAGAACUUUAAUUUAGGUGUUAAAUUUUUGGGGGGGAUUAGCCCCUUCAAUGUACAUCCUUCUAAAUCAGGGAUGGGAAACCUCCAGCCUGCAUGCUGGAUGGAGUCUACAAGUGAGUUUCCAUCUUCUCCACCAACUGUGCCCCUCCUCUCCCCGCACCCUCAGCUGCUGAUGCUCUCUUCCUCCAUCCGCAGUCCACUGCAUUUCCCUGCUGGAGGCUGAGGAAGGAAAGAAUGGUCCCGAUGACUGUGUGAAUGGAGGUGAGGUCACAUGGAAGAAUUUGGAUGGAUUAGUGUGAAUGGGGUGUCCCCACCCAUUGCCAGUAUGCAACCCCUGACCACUGUCCCCUGAUUCCUUCCCCACCCCUUUUUCUACAUGCAGGCUCAUGAAAAUCAAUUACUUUUUAAAAGAGCACCAUGAAAUUCAGCAGAUGAUGGAAAUCAAUGACAGUUGUGCUUUUAAACUACAAAGGGGAUAGAAAUACAUUACGAUAUAGAAGCUGCCUUUAUGGUUCAAGCUUGCAGAAUUAAACAAAAGAAAAAUUCAGUGCUCAUUCCUCUCAUGGAAAGUGUUGUAUACAUUAAUAUCCAUAAGCUACAUUAGGACACUAACAAUUGCUUAAAGGAUUUGGAACGUCUAUGCCUGUUUACGAAUCAAAUCCCACUUUUGCUGAUUAUAUACGUUGCUUUUAAAUGUUUUUGCAAUCUGUUCAAUCUUGAGUUAAGACUGUUGCAUAUAUAUUAUUUUAGUGUAUUGCUGAUUUAGCAGUUAACCUUUACAACAGCAUAUAUAUGGAUCCUGAAAGUUAGGUACACCAAUGAACUCAUCUUACUAGUUACUAUCUGCUCCUUACAUGCAGAGUUCCAAACAAAUGUUGGGAUUGGAGGCUGUCAAAACACACAAAGCCAGAAGGAUAUGCCAGUUCAAUUCUGAUCAUCUGUAGACAAACAAAGCCAGUUAAGUACAUAUCCAUAGUGGACAGUUUUCAUUGGCAGUUAAUCAUAAAGUUAGCAAGAUAAGGGCUGAUGGUUCUAACCCUUGUUCUAAUUGUAAACCUGGGUUUUGGUGUAAAAGGCAACUCUGGAAAUAAGAUUUGGGGUGCAAAUCCUUUUAGGCCUGCGUGAGGAAGAUUAAGUGCAGCAAUAAAGGUCAAUUCACCAAGUCAUGGCUGUACAUCUGUAUUGCAUUAUUUUUAGGCUAAAUAUGUUUACGUCAAGCUAACUUUUACCCAUAACUGAGAUCUCCUUUUGGAAAGCAAAAACUUUAAACAAGUUAUGUAACAACUAACAAAUGUUGCACUUUCUGUAUAUGAAUCAAUAUUUAAAUAACUUAUUUUUCUCCAUUUGCUGUUCUCAAAUAAUGUAAGUAGCUGUAAUAUACCCGUACCAAUAUGUCUUUGCAGUUUGCUUCAACCUGAAAAAGCUAUGUAUAAUAAAAUGAGAGAAAAUGAGAAAAAACCUUAUGAAUUUGUAAAUAUUAGUGUGCUCUGUUUCAUUUAGCAAAAGAGAGGAAAGAAAGGAAUUGUCUGUGUAUGAACACUUCUCUAAAACU